CUGCCAGCUGCCUCCGCAGCGUGCCUCUAGCUCUCCCUGUGCUAACUGCCUGCGCCUUGACAGCCCAGGCUGCGCAAAGCAGAAGGAUUAGUUGGGACCUGCCUUGGCGACCCCAUGGCAUCCCCACGAACCAUAACUAUUGUGGCCCUCUCAGUGGCCCUGGGACUCUUCUUUGUUUUCAUGGGGACUAUCAAGUUGACCCCCAGGCUCAGCAAGGAUGCCUACAGUGAGAUGAAACGUGCUUACAAGAGCUAUGUCCGAGCCCUUCCCCUGCUGAAGAAAAUGGGCAUCAAUUCCAUUCUCCUUCGGAAAAGCAUUGGUGCUCUUGAAGUGGUCUGUGGCAUCGUCAUGACCCUGGUGCCUGGGCGUCCCAAAGAUGUGGCCAACUUCUUCCUGCUCUUGCUGGUGUUGGCCGUGCUUUUCUUCCACCAGCUGGUCGGUGAUCCCCUCAAACGCUAUGCCCAUGCUCUAGUGUUUGGAAUCCUGCUCACUUGCCGCCUGUUGAUUGCACGCAAGCCUGAAGACCGGGCUUCUGAGAAGAAGGGCUUGCCUGAGAGUGCAGAGGAGCAACCCUCCUUAUAUGAGAAGGCCCCGCAGGGCAAAGUGAAGGUGUCAUAGGAUAUUGAAAGUGUAAAAAAAAGUGGACUUUCGAAGCAAUUGCCUCCUUGACACCCAAGAAAAUACCAGUGUGUGCUUUUCA